AUGAUCCGUGCUCCCAACGCCUCAAGCAUCUACCGUCCCGACCUCUUCCGAGGCAAAGUGGCCAUCGUGACCGGUGGUGGAACUGGAAUCGGCCGAUGCAUCGCCCACGAGUUGGCAUCGCUCGGCUGCUCGGUGGUGAUCGCAGCUAGGAACGAGGAGCGUCUUCUCGCAGCAGCGGAGACGAUCCGCAGCCAGGUGGACGCUGCCGGCCGCGACCUGAAGGAUGUCAUUCAUCCAAUUGUGUGCGAUAUCCGCAAGGAGGAGCAGGUGAACAACCUGGUGGACGAGACACUGGCCAAAUACAAGCGCAUCGACUUCCUCGUCAACAACGCGGGUGGACAAUUCCGUGCUCCAAUUGAGAAGGUGAACCUCAAGGGGUGGGAGGCCAUCAUGCGCACGAAUCUGAAUGGCACCUUUAUGGUGACCAAGAAGGCGUACCAUGCGUACAUGAAGGAACACGGCGGCAGGAUCGUUAACAUCAUUCUUGUGAUUGACAAAGGGUAUCCCUUAAUGGCUCACAGUGGCGCUGCUCGUGCUGCUAUCGAGAAUCUGAGCAAGUCCCUGUCAGUGGAAUGGGCCGCGUCGGGCAUCACGCUCAACUGCGUCGCUCCAGGUAUCAUCCUGUCGAGUGGUGUGGACAACUACGAGGGCGGUGCUGAGCAGUUCCACGUUGCAGCCAGAGGCGCCACAGCUGCGAAGCGCGUGGGGAGCAUCGAGGAGGUGUCGGCUAGUGUGUUGUACUACUUGUCGCCUGCUGGAGCGUAUGUGACCGGAGACACGAUGCACGUCGACGUUGCUUUAGCCAUGUUCUAUUUUUGA